AUGUGGAGGUUACAAAUUGUACUGGUGCCGCCAAGUGCUCAGGAUACCGUCUCACUUCUCGAUGCACAUAUGAAUAUGGAUAACACUUCACAAUUGGCAUUUUCCGUGGUUCAGUUUAAUGAAAACAUAGUCACAAACACCAACAAUAACAACAACGAUUGGAACUCUUCCGCGACGAGUUUGUCUUCUCCUAAAACUAUUCAGCCAUGUGGUAGCAAUGAUUUUUUGAAUUACCUCCCGACUUGUAAGAAGUUUCUACAUUUUACAAAUAGUUGCAAUACUCUUUUGCAGCUUUCCAAUGAAAUCUUGGCUAAAUUUGAUAAACUCUAUCCAAAUUCCGAUCAGUCCAUUGAAAUCAUAUCUCUACAAGACAGGCAUGGAUGCGACUUGGACUCCCAAUUCGUGAUAAAAGAUGUAUUCGAAACAGAUAGUGUUGUUUUGGUAAUUUUAAAAGAUGAGUUAUACUGGAAUAGAAACCAACAAGUUUCACUUUUGCAAUCAGCAAGACAGCGAAAACGAAUAAACAAGCCAUCGAGAAAAUCCACGGUUUUUGAAAAGAAAAACGAAACUUUCAACGAAAACUUAUCUCCUACACCAAAUAAAGAUUCGAUGUAUCUGAUAGCUAAAAACUCGCUCAAGCAAAAUUUUAUUAAUAAGUCAAGGGUCUCAACACCUCUGAUGAACGAAAUUUUGCCCGUUGUGAACAAGCACGACACACUUAAUGAGAAAAGAGUCUCUAUACGGUUCUCUCCCGUAGUAAUCGCCUCAGAGGCACACAAGCCUCCAAAGAAUGAUGAUCAUGCCAAUGGAGGAAACACUAUAUACGGUGAUGACAGCAAUAAAGAGAAUAUAAGUUCAUCGAAUGAGCAACCGAAAAACGGUAAUUUCAAGUCGCACCAACCAAAGAACUUGAAUGUUCUGUAUAAUUCCUCGGAAGAUCCUGACUUUGAACUUACAGAUGAUAAUUCACGGCAAGUUUCGUAUGACUCGAUUGAUACCGAUUUUCAAUUGAGCACUACUUCUUCUACGAAUUCUGAUAUGCAUAUGCAAUAUUUCAAGCCUUUUAACACGGUGCGUAGCCCCAGGAAGAGCUCCCUAGAGAUUAAAGUUCAAAACAAAACAGGUGAGGAUUUGCAGUUAAACGAUAGAGACGUAAGUGAGAAUUAUAGAAGGAUAGAAACAUUUUCAGAUGAAGAGGAUCAUAAUGACAUGGAAAAUGAUCAGGUGGAUUCAUUCAUAAACAAUUCCAAAAGAGCUUCCGUGGGUUUCCGAGAUAUCGAUUCCGACUUGGAUAACGUUUCUUUCAAUAGCGAUAUUGGAGACGCAGUACAAAGUACUCAAACUACGAAAAAUGCCGUUUCUAUCCCUUAUUCUAGAAAUGACAACCGUUUACAUAAGAAUCAAGAAAAAGAUGAUUUAUUCCAUCUUGUUGAAAAUGAGUUCCCUGAUAAAUCAUCAGGUAAGCUCCCAUCUAAGUCACCUGAAAAAGGUGCAACAAUACAAGAUACUAUUCGGAAACUAAAUAGUUUCAAACCGAUUGAGGAAAAUAGGGUUAAAAGAAACAGUAUUAUUACGGAAUCGAGCCUCAGAAAAUUUGCUCCAACGAUAAAAGACAAAGAUAAAUUUAAUGAUUCAGAGAAAGUACGUCGGAAAACUAAGUACUCUAAUAACCUGAAUGGAAGCAUCUUCAGCAAUGAAGUCGCAAGAGUUGGUAAAAUAAAAGUAAUACGGAAAACUAAUGAUGUUGAAGCAAAAGUCAGAGAGUUCAAAAAGAAAAGAAGUAUGGGAAAUAAAUCUCUGAAAGAUAUUUUUGCUAACGCUGGAAAAACAUCAAAGGUAACUUCGAGCAUAAAAGUGGUGAAAUUGACCAGAGAUCCUGUUUAUGAUUCAAAAAAAAAGGCGGAAGCGACUUCUAAUAAUGGGAAGCACUUACAAGAUCCAGACAACAUGUUGAUCAAAGAAUCAACCGUGGUAGAAAGAACAAAGGGCCAAGCAAUACCGUCUAGCCUUAAAACAAUACCACAAUUCAAAAGAGUUAAGGUCACUAGAUCGCAUUCCUCGUCUUCUUCAUCCUCUUCCGUUUCCUCCGGAUCUUCUUCGGAGUCUUCGUCAUCAGAUGGUUCGGAUGAUAGUUCUAAUUCAAGGAACGUGCAAGUCAAAAAAAUUAACUUUAGGACAAGUCAUGAACCAACUCGGGAUUCGAGUGAACAGAGUAUGCUAGAUGUUCAUGGGAAUGAUCCGAAGACAAGCAAGUACCAGACACCUAAAUAUGUCCAGAGUGAUGAAGAUAAUGAGUAA